CGCGCCGGGGCCAGCGCGAGCCGCCGGCCGCCGCCGUCCGUCCGCCAUGCGCGCGCUGCUGCCGCUGCUGAGCGUCGGCCGAGGGUGGCGCGUGGGGGCCGCCGCCCUCCCUCCGCGCCGAGCCAUGUCCGUGUACCGCACGGAGGAGCGCGGCCAGCCCCGCUCGCCGGACUACCGCCUGUUCUUCAAGAAUGUAGCUGGUCACUACAUUUCCGCCUUCCAUGAUAUUCCUCUGAAGGUGGACUGUACAGAGGAAAACGGCAUUCCCAGAAAAAAGUCACGAAAUGAUGAAUAUAAGAAUUUGGUCAAUAUGGUUGUGGAAAUACCUCGAUGGACAAAUGCCAAAAUGGAGAUUUCCACCAAGGAGCCACUGAAUCCCAUUAAACAAGAUGAGAAGAAUGGAAAACUACGCUUUACACCAAAUAUCUUCCCUCACAAGGGCUAUAUAUGGAAUUACGGGGCCCUCCCCCAGACCUGGGAAGACCCCCAUCUGAAGGAUAAGAACACAGAAUUCGUUGGAGACGACGACCCCCUUGAUGUUUGUGAAAUAGGCUCAAAGGUUCUUUCCUGUGGAGAUGUGGUUCGUGUGAAGAUCCUUGGGAUUUUGGCACUUAUCGAUCAGGGUGAAACAGAUUGGAAAAUAAUUGCUAUCAAUGUGAAUGAUCCUGACGCUGAAAAACUUAACGAUAUUGAUGAUGUUAAGAAGUUCAAGCCAGGCUACCUGGAGGCCACUCUCGAUUGGUUGAGACUUUAUAAGGUACCAGAAGGAAAGCCAGAAAACAAGUUUGCUUUCAAUGGAGAAUUCAAAAACAAGGAUUUCGCCCUUGAAGUUGUUAACAAUGCACAUGAAUGCUGGAAAGCGAUGCUUGCAAAGAAAUGUGACCGGGGAGCCAUCAGUUGUGUAAAUGUGUACGUGUGUGAUAGCCCUUUCCGAUGCACUCCAGAGGAAGCAAGAUCAUUGGUUGAAUCGGCCCCGACACAUUCAAUGUGUAAAGCAAGCAAUCUAGAAGUUUCAACAGAAGAGACAUGGCACUUCCUUGGCAAGUGAGGGGGACACUGGAGGCUUCUACAUCAAGACUUCAACUUUCCUCUGAGGAUCCCUGAGGUUCCUUUUCCCUCAGUGCUCUUGCCAAACAAGCUGAUGACCAUUUGAUGACUUCCUUUCAAAACAUCAUUGUUCUAAAACUUUUUAAAAAUAAACUUGUAAAUAAACACUGAUAUACAGAACUUCUCCCUCUUAGAUAUUUAUUGAUAAAAGAAAAAAGAUUUCACUUAAUUUCAUAGCAGAAUCUAAAGGCAUUUUUUGGCUAAUGAUUUCAUUUGCUUUGGUGUCUAAUUGGUUAAAUGUCAAAAUCACAAAUUUAUGAAUAAAUUUUUUUAUCAGUA